GGUGAAAUGCUACGACUCCGUGCGGGGCACCAUCUAUGACUACGGGGCGCUGACCAUCGAUGGGGACGAGUACAUCCCCUUCCGAAAGUACGCGGGGAAGAUGGUGCUCUUUGUCAACGUGGCCACGUACUGAGGGCUCACCCUGCAGUACCUCGAACUGAAUGCACUACAAAAUGAGCUGGGGCCCUAUGGACUUGUCGUCCUGGGCUUCCCCUCCAACCAAUUUGGGAAGCAGGAGCCUGGCCAGAACUCUGAGAUCCUCCCCGCACUGAAGUACGUGCGGCCAGGAGGUGGCUUCGUCCCCAACUUCCAACUCUUCCAGAAAGGGGAUGUGAACGGGGCAAAGGAGCAGAAGGUCUACAGCUUCCUGAAGAACUCCUGCCCUCCGGUGGCAGAGGAGUUCGGCAACCCCAAGAACCUCUUCUGGGAGCCACUGAGGAACCACGACAUCAAAUGGAACUUUGAGAAGUUCCUGGUGGGCACUGACGGGGUGCCCAUCAUGCGCUGGUACCACCGUGCCAACAUCGCCACCGUCAAGAACGACAUCAUCGCCUACAUGCGGCAGCAGCGGGGCCAGUAGCCCCCCAGCUCAACCCCCUGCAGCCCCCAACCCGGCCCUGGGGAACUGAGGACGACAUCUCCAUGAAGGCCUGGCCUGAAAGCUCCACCGUGGGGUGGGCUCGGCCUGAUCCUGCCCGGGUGCAGUGCAGUUCUUCAGUGCAUUCAGGCUGCCCGCACUGUGCAGGGAUGUGCUCCUCUCCCAGCCCCGGGGGCCGACCCCCAGUGCUCCAACCCCACAGCAAUGCCAAAUAAAGGCUCUGCAACCGCA